UCCGAGAUUAAGUGAUUUUUUUCGCCCCGCUGCUUUCCCUUCUCCCAUUCAUCCAGAAGAAACACGGGAGAGUAUUUGCUGCUGAAUACCUUUUUCCAUCAAUGGUAUCAGCACUUUUGCGUGCGCGCUCUUAAUUGGCAGCUGGUGGGGUGCGCGAGCCAGCAGUUCCUAGACUCUCGUGCAGAGCCAGAAUCUUCACGGUCGUUAGGUGUCUCGCGAAAGGGAGCCACGAGGGAAUUAUUGGCGACGCAUCGAUAGCUUCAAAUGAGAAAUGAUGGAUCGAUGGAGUCCAGUGCGAGAGACAUGGCUGCUGUUGAUGCUUCCUCUCCGUGUUUUACACCUCAAGGGCAGCAAAGCCCAUUGAUGUCCUGAAGGUGCUGGAGCUGUCAGAGGACAUGGAGGGCGUGUCGCUGGAGUCGGGGCUGUGCACCAGCCGGCAGGGGGGAGAGGAGACGGACCUCUCCUAUAAGAUUGACAAGAAGAUUCAACUGAGCGCGCCCACCAAUCAGCUGUUCCCUGAUUCUCCGUUCCCGAUGAAUUUCUCAGUGAUGACGACAGUGAGAGCUGUGAAAGGCUCUCAGGUCUUCCUCCUCUCCCUGUACGACCCACAGGGCACGCAGCAGCUGGGUGUGGAGAUCGGCCGUUCUCCCGUCUUCCUGUAUGAGAACCAUGAGGGUCAGCCCCCCCCAGAGCUCUACCCCACCUUCAGAAAGAUCAACCUGGCUGAUGGCAAGUGGCACAGAGUGGCCUACAGUGUGGAGGGCGAGUCAGUCACCCUCUAUCUGGACUGCGUCAGACUCGACACCCUGGAGCUGCUCAGAGGUCGCGACCCCCAAGUCAGCACGGAGGGGGUCACUGUGUUCGGUACACGACUGCUGGACGAGGACGUGUUUGAGGGAGACAUCCAGCAGCUGCUGAUGGUCGAUGACCCCAGAGCAGCAGAGACCUACUGUCAGGAUUACAUCCCAGACUGUGACGCAGCGCUGCCCUACAACAGCAUACUAUCUGAGGCCGAGGAGGUGGAGAGGAAGCCUAAGAAACAUGUGCUGGAGGAGUUUGAGGAGUUUGACUACAGCGACCUGUAUGAAGACCUCUCUGUUUCCACGGUGACCGCGGGUCCUAAUGUCACUGAGUACGAGAUCGUGGAGUACGAAGACUACGACAACACAACAGAGUACGAGCACGUGAACGAGUACGAGUACGAGGAGGAGUACGAUGACCGCUACGGACCCGCCGAGAGGGAGCGGGAGCUUUCUCUCAACACAAAGAAUUUACCGGAGAAAGGAGAGAAAGGAGAGCCGAGCUUUUUGGGAGCGGGGACGCAGAUCACAGGACCCCCCGGGCCUCCAGGACCAGAGGGAGAGACCGGGCCCUUUGGAGUCACAGGACCAGUAGGACCUCGAGGAGACCCCGGGGAGCUGGGCCCUCCAGGACGGCCAGGCCUCAACGGAGCCGAUGGGAUACCCGGUCCCCCAGGAAACAUCAUGCUCAUACCGUUUCAAUCAGGUGGAGAUCCAAAGCAAGGUACCGGGGUUUCUGCGCAGGAGGCUCAGGCUCAAGCCAUUUUGCAGCAGACCAAGAUGGCUAUGAAGGGACCUCCAGGGCCGCUCGGCCUCAGGGGAAGACCUGGACCACUGGGUGGACCAGGUCCCUCGGGGCUGAAAGGUGCCAGUGGAGAAUCUGGGCCAAUGGGUCCCGCCGGACAGCCAGGUAUCACAGGUCUGAACGGACGGCCGGGGAAGAGGGGGCGAGCGGGUACGGACGGCGGCCGAGGUGCGAUCGGGGAGACCGGGACAAAGGGGGAUCGAGGGUUUGAUGGGUUACCAGGUCUCCCGGGAAAUAAAGGACAUAAAGGGGACAGGGGUAAGCCAGGUCUUGUAGGUUCUUCUGGAGAGCCUGGAGAAAAGGGCUCCGAGGGGCCGCACGGGCCAAGAGGACAACCAGGAGAUGCUGGCUCCAGGGGUCUUAAUGGCCCCCGAGGUCGAGCUGGUCCCCAAGGCCAACCUGGCAUUCGAGGGAUUGACGGGGUUCAGGGUUCAAAGGGAAACAUCGGAGCCGCCGGAGAGGUCGGAGCAAACGGACAGCAAGGCAACCCUGGCAUUGUGGGCUUUCCUGGUCCUCAGGGGUUAGUAGGGCUGCCAGGAGAGAAGGGACCUCAAGGGAAGAAAGGGAUGCAGGGCUUACCUGGAAACGACGGGCCCUCAGGUCACCCCGGACGAGAAGGGACUCCCGGGGAAAAGGGACUGCCGGGUCCUUUAGGAGUGCAGGGGCCCGUCGGAUACCCUGGACAACGAGGAGUCAAGGGAGCUGAUGGAAUCCGAGGAUUAAAGGGAAGCAAAGGUGAAAAGGGGGAAGAUGGUUUCCCAGGAUCCAAAGGGGAGUAUGGACCAAAGGGGGACGUUGGAGAUAAUGGAGUCGUAGGAGGCCGAGGAGAAGAUGGACCUGAGGGGCCCAAAGGACAGACGGGCCCUCUGGGAGAAGCCGGCCAAUCUGGUACUUCUGGAGAGAAGGGUAAACUGGGAGUUCCUGGACUUCCGGGAUAUCCAGGACGCCUGGGGCCGAAGGGCUCUGACGGAUUCCCUGGUUCAAUUGGAGCUGCAGGAGAGAAAGGGAAGAAAGGUCCUGCAGGACAACCAGGAGGCGCAGGCCAGAGGGGUCCAAACGGUGCACGAGGUGCCAGAGGGGCGAGAGGACCCACGGGGAAAUCAGGAGAAAAGGGCAUCUCUGGGAAUGAUGGACCCCCAGGAUCCACUGGAGACAGGGGACCUCAAGGGCCGCAAGGAAGGAAUGGAGAGCCAGGACCGAAAGGCACCAGCGGUCCUUCAGGGAAAGACGGACUUCCAGGUCAUCCAGGUCAAAGAGGAGAGCCGGGAUUCCAAGGGAAGACGGGGCCUCCAGGACCCUCGGGUGUUGUGGGGCCACAGGGCAAAUCAGGUGAAUCUGGUCCAACAGGGGACCGAGGGCACCCAGGGUCCCCAGGCGUUCCCGGAGAGCAUGGUCUACCUGGGGCUGCCGGGAAGGAAGGUGGAAAGGGCGAUCCGGGUCUACCUGGGACUUCUGGGAAGAACGGUCCUGCAGGACUGAAAGGGUUCAGGGGGAGCAGAGGAGCCACCGGACUCAUAGGACCGCCUGGUCUGAAAGGAGGGUCCGGACCGACUGGAUCAUCAGGAGGAGUAGGGGCAUCGGGUGAGAGGGGCCCUCCGGGUGCAGCAGGGGCAAUCGGACAGCCGGGACGGGGCGGAGCCAUCGGAGGACCUGGCCCGAUGGGAGAGAAGGGCGAGCCUGGAGAGAAGGGCCCGAUAGGUCCCGCCGGUCACGAUGGAGAACAGGGAACUCUGGGGAUGGUCGGGGCUGUGGGCCCAGGAGGACCUCCAGGAGACGAUGGGGAUAAGGGAGAGCAGGGGGAGUCCGGGCAGAAAGGAAGCAAAGGAGACAAAGGAGAAUCUGGCCCUUCAGGUCCCAUCGGCAUUCAAGGUGUAGUGGGUCAGUCAGGACUUCCAGGUAUAGAUGGACUGCUGGGCCCCCGGGGUCAGCAGGGCAUGUACGGUCCGAAAGGAGACGAGGGACUCCGCGGCUUUAAGGGCUCCAGAGGACCGAUAGGAUUACAGGGAAUGCCCGGCCUCCCAGGAGAGAAGGGUGAGAGCGGACACGGGGGAUUAAUGGGUCCACCUGGUCAACAAGGCCCCUCUGGUCCUCAAGGACCUGUUGGAGGACAGGGUCCGACUGGUAGGCUGGGGAUGAUAGGAACGCCGGGUAUUGUUGGAGAGAAGGGUGAGGACGGUGAGGCGGGAGACCCCGGAGCAACAGGUCUGCCAGGAAGGAUGGGAGGAAAAGGAGACCAGGGGGAGAAGGGAGAUACCGGCCUGUCAGGAGCCGCGGGUCCUCCAGGAGCCAGGGGCCCAACAGGGGAGGAUGGAGCCAAGGGCAACUCUGGUCCUCCGGGUCUCACCGGGGACAUCGGACAGCAGGGAGAAGCUGGACCCAACGGAGUGGAUGGUCUGUCGGGGACUAAAGGAGACAUAGGAGACAACGGGAAAUCUGGACCACCAGGAGCGGCAGGAGAACAAGGACCGUCUGGAUCUCCUGGGCGAAGGGGCCACUUGGGAAAACCAGGAAAGGAAGGAAAGGCCGGCCUGAAGGGAACCAAGGGGGAAGUUGGUUUUGAGGGCCCCGUAGGAAAGACAGGGCCUGUAGGAGCCCAGGGAAACUCCGGAAGGCCUGGCCCUCAAGGUUUAAGAGGGAUCCCCGGCCCAGGAGGUGAACAGGGUUUAAAUGGACCACCUGGACAAACAGGACCCCCGGGCCCCAUGGGUCCAUCAGGAUUACCAGGGUUUAAGGGAGACCACGGCAAGAAGGGAGACAAGGGUCACGGGGGUUUAAUAGGUCUGAUUGGGCCACCGGGAGACAUCGGAGAGAAGGGGGACCGAGGACUGCCAGGAAACCAGGGACUGACGGGGACAAAAGGAGAUGAGGGUGGAGUUGGUAUAGCAGGUCCCACUGGCCCCCCCGGCCCCACGGGUCUGUCUGGUGCUAUUGGUACGAAGGGCUCUAAAGGAAACCAGGGUCCAAUCGGUCCCAGAGGAGACCUCGGGCCAGCCGGACCUCCAGGACCACCAGGAAAGCCAGCAGCCAGCAUACUGUCUCUACCAGAGCGGGGACGGAGAAGGAGAACCAACUCCUUGGUGGACGGCGCUGCACUUGAAGAGGACGAGGACGAGGAGGAAACAAAACAUGGAGGAGAGGACGAAUGGAUGCAGGGGGACCAGGCAGAGCCGGAUGCCUGGAUGAAGGAGACGGAGGGCAAAGGCAUGGAGGAGGUGUUUGCGUCUCUGUCCUCCAUGAAGGUGGAGGUGGAUGGUCUGAGAAACCCUCAGGGGACGUUCCACAGCCCGGCCCGGACCUGCAAGGAGCUCUGGCUCCUCCACCCCGAGCUCCCCAACGGUGACUACUGGAUAGAUCCAAACCAGGGUUGCCAUAGAGACUCUUUCAAGGUGUUUUGUAACUUCACCGCAGAGGGAGAGACGUGUCUUUACCCUGACAAGAAGUUCCAGUCGGUAAAGUUAGCAGCCUGGAAAGGGGAGAAGUCCAACACCUGGUACAGUAAAUUCAGGAAAGGAAAACAGAUUUCCUACUCGGGGGCGGACGACGUCCCGGUCCACGUGGUCCAGAUGACCUUCCUGCAGCUGCUGAGCGCCACAGCCAAGCAGACGUUCACCUACCAUUGCCUCAACUCCGCCGCCUGGCUGCACGCCGCCACCUUCAACCACGAACACGCACUGCGCUUCAGAGGCGUCAACGGGGAGGAGCUGACGCACGAGAACACACAUUACAUCAGUGCGCUGUACGACGGGUGUCAGACGCGCUCGGGGCAGGAGAGGACAGUGUUUGAAUUUGACGCUCCGCUGUCCACUACGCUCCCAAUCAUCGACGUGGCCGUGCCUGAUUUUGGGAAGGGGAACCAGAAAUUUGGUUUCCAGGUCGGGCCAGUCUGCUACAACGGUUAACAAGCCGGGGGAGAUCACAACAGGAGUAAUUUAACAGUGAAAAGAGCCAUGGACACUUUUUACAUGCAGGGAGAAAACUACAUUCAAGACUUACCUGGUGCCACAUAUUUAUACGUUGAUUUACCUACAACAGUGUUCCUUCGUGUUAACGUUCUGUCAUACGGACAUUUAUUCACCCUCCAUAAUCCAUCUUAUUCAUCUCAUGCGUUCUCACAACUGACUUGCAUAUCUUGUUUUCCAGAGCAGUGAAGCGUAGAUGUGUUGAAUGUCAAUCACAUCCUCAGUUACACACAUUUCAUUCCUCUUUCAAGAAGUGGUGCUCUCAGUUUUAUCCUUGUCUGUUUAUACAUUUAUUGAUCUAUGCACUCAUUCCCAUCCAUAAAAGAUCUUUCACCAAACGUAUUAUUACUGAAUUAUCCUGAAGAUACAAACACACCACAUUUCAGCAACAUUCACCCACCUUGUUUUUCUGUUGUAUCAUCAAACCUCAAUUUGCUGUGUUGUUUUUUGUAUGUUGAUGUCAUUUUGUUGUUAUGAUUUUCUGUUAUCAGAUGUAUAUUGGAGUGUUUAUCAUCAUGGUGCUAUUAUGUGACUCCUAGCGGAGUACAUUUCUUUGUAAAGGGGAACUGGGGCAGUGCAUUUUUUUUAUAUUGUGAAGUGUGUUUUGUAUUUUUUCAACACAACAAACCAAACUGUGGUAUAUUAUUGCCUCGAGGUCUUUCUAUGCAUAGUUGUGUGGGGGAAAUGACGGAGUAACAUAUUUUAAUAAAAGUACAUAAUGUACAUUUAAGUUAA